AUGGGCAAAACCUCACCGGACAGAACCUCGCCGGAUAAAACCUCGCCGGACAGAAUCUCACCGGACAGAACCUCACCGGACAGAACCUCGCUGGAUAGAACCUCGCCGGACAGAAUCUCACCGGACAGAACCUCACCGGACAGAACCUCACCGGACAGAACCUCACCGGACAGAACCUCGCCGGACAGAACCUCACCGGACAGAACCUCACCGGACAGAACCUCACCGGACAGAACCUCGCCGGACAGAACCUCACCGGACAGAACCUCGCCGGACAGAACCUCGCCGGACAGAACCUCACCGGACAGAACCUCGCCGGACAGAACCUCACCGGACAGAACCUCGCCGGACAGAACCUCGCCGGAUAAAACCUCACCGGACAGAACCUCGCCGGACAGAACCUCACCGGACAGAACCUCGCCGGACAGAACCUCGCCGGACAGAACCUCGCCGGACAGAACCUCGCCGGACAGAACCUCGCCGGACAGAACCUCGCCGGACAGAACCUCGCCGGACAGAAUCUCGCCGGACAGAAUCUCGCCGGACAGAACCUCGCCGGACAGAAUCUCGCCGGACAGAACCUCGCCGGACAGAACCUCGCCGGACAGAACCUCACCGGACAGAACCUCGCCGGACAGAACCUCACAUCAGCUAUUUUAA